AUGGGGCAUGUAUGGCCUGUGGGCACUGUGGAGACUUUCAGUAAAGAACCCUUGACCUUCAGGGAUGUGGUCAUAGAGUUCUCUCCAGAGGAGUGGGAAUUGCUGACCUCCGCUCAGAAGGCUCUGUACUGGGACGUGAUGCUGGAGAACUACAGCAAUCUGGUCUCCCUGGAUGUCUUUUCUACAUGUGUAAUCAAGAACUUAGCAGCCAACGCGAUCAUCGACCAAGAAGAGUUAUUCCAGAGAGUGAUGGUGAAGAGACCGGGCACCAGCGAGUCUCACCUCACGCACGUCAGGGAAAAGGUGCACCAGUUCCCCACGGGGGAAGACGGAAGAAACAGCGCAAGGACUGUGCUUUCCAGCAGCGUGGUCGCUGGUGGGGAAGACCAGCUUGUUAAAAGUGAUGCAAGAAACGAGUUUGUGACGUGUUUUCAAAAUGCACUUGAAUUAAGACUUGAGUCCCGCGUGGCUGAACUGCAGGCGUGUCCCACUGGAGAGAGCCGUCGCGUGGACACGCCUGCCGUCACUGGGUCUUCAGUGGCCUCUCUCCCAGGUAUCCCUCCUAACUUCCAAAGCCUCCUUUCCAACAAAUGCAGAGAAGUCUUCAUGCACCCUUCCUUGUUCCUACAGCAGCAGGAAGCCCACCACAGCGAAAAGUCUUACAAAUGCAACGAGUGUGGCAAAACCUUUAACUGGAGUUCAAACUUCACGAAGCACCAGCGCAUCCACACCGGGGAGAAACCUUACGAAUGUGACGUGUGUGGGAAGGUGUUCAGUCAGCGCUCCACCCUCAAAAGCCACCGCACGAUCCAUACGCGAGAGAAGCCCCACCAGUGUGCCCAGUGUGGCAAGGCCUUCUCUGGAAGGUCCACGCUCGUGGAGCACCAGCGAGUGCACAGCGGCGAGAAGCCGUACAGAUGCUCCGAGUGCGGGAAGGCCUUCACCCGAAAGUCGGGUCUCGUCAAGCACCUCCAGAUUCACAGUGGGGAGAGACCUUACAAAUGCAGCGAGUGUGGAAGGGCCUUCAGCACCCCAUCAAUCCUCUGGAAUCACAAGAAAACGCACACGGGCGAGGGCAAGUACAGGUGCGAGGAGUGUGGCAAGUCCUUCAAGUGGGGCUCGAAUCUCACUCGGCAUCAGAGAAUCCACACCCCGGAGAAACCCUACCACUGCGACGUCUGUGACAAGAGCUUCAGUCACCCCGCCAACCUUCGCACUCAUCAGAAGUGUCAUUCCGGAGAAAGACCUUUCAAGUGCGCCGAGUGUGGUAAGGGCUUUACCCAGAAAUCGGGCCUCGUGGAACAUGAGCGAAUUCACAGCAAGGAGAAGCCUUACACCUGCGGCGAAUGCGGCAAGACGUUCAGCAGCCGCUCGGUCUUCAGGAAACACAAGAUCAUCCACACCGGAGAGAGCGCUUACAAGUGUACCAAGUGCGGCAAGGCUUUUUCCGAAAGACUAAAACUUGUGGAGCACGAGCGGAUUCACAGUGGGGAGAGACCCCACAAGUGCGCCGACUGCGGCAAGGCCUUUGCCCGACGCUCGGGGCUUCUGGAGCACCGGCAGAUUCACAGCGGAGAGAAACCCUACGUGUGCAAGGAAUGCGGCAAGUUCUUCCGGCAGAACUCGAACCUGGCCAACCACCUGCGGAUCCACACGGGGGAGAAGCCGUACACGUGCAGCGACUGCGGCAAGGCCUUUCGCUGGCGCUCGGUCCUCACCAAGCACCAGCGCAUCCACACGGGCGAGAAGCCCUACAAGUGCGCCGUGUGCGACAAGGCCUUCAUCCAGAGGGCCAACCUGGUGAAGCACCACCGUAUCCACACCGGCGAGAAGCCCUACAAGUGCGGCGAGUGCGGCAAGGCCUUCAUCAACAACUCGAGCCUCGUGGAGCACCAGCGCAUACACACCGGCGAGAAGCCCUACAAGUGCGGCGACUGCGGCAAGGCCUUCAAGUGGGGCUCCAACCUCACCAGCCACCAGCGGACGCACAACGGGGAGAAGCUGUUCAAGUGCAACGUGUGCGGCAAGUACUUCACGCAGAACUCCAGCCUCAUCACCCACUACCGCAUCCACACGGGCGAGAAGCCCUACGAGUGCACGUACUGCGGCAAGGCCUUCAUCCACAACUCGAGCCUGGUGGAGCACCAGCGCAUCCACACCGGCGAGAAGCCCUACAAGUGCAGCCAAUGCAGCAAGACCUUCAAGUGGGGCUCGGUGUUCGCCAAGCACCAGCGCAUCCACACCGGCGAGAAGCCCUAUCAGUGCGACGUGUGCCGCAAGCUCUUCACGCAGAGCUCCAGCCUCACGACCCACUACAGGAUCCACACCGGCGAGAAGCCUUACGAGUGCAACGAGUGCGGCCAGGCCUUCAUCCACAGCUCCAGCCUCGUGUACCACCAGAAAAGUCACUUCGGAGAGAAAAGUUACAAAUGUGACGGGUGUGGGAAGGAGUUCCUGCAUUCAUACCAGUUAGCGCACGAGAGGACACCCACCGGGGAGAAGAGAUACAAAUGCAAUGAGUGUUGGAAGGCCUUCGACGUGGCCCACCUGCCGCUGGACAUCCCGGAAUCCAUGCUGGAGCGAGAUUACGUCGAGGCAAAUAGUUCUGGUCACGCCCACUCGCGCAUCCUGGCCACGCCUACCCACUGUACACCCGCCUCCCGGGCUUUGGUCACGCCCAUUCUCACGCCCUGGUCCCGCCUACUUCGCUCCUCUCCGACCCAUUCUUCCUGGUCACGCCCCCUCCAUGGCUCCGCCCACUCUCGCGCCUCUGUUUAUACUCCCGCGCAGGGCGGACAGACAGAACUCAUCUUUGGGACCUACCUCCUCCCGGGAGUUCCCAGCCCCGCACAUAUUACCCCUACCUGCUUUUUGUCCACCUGCUCCGCCCCUCUCAUCUCGGCGCUCCGGCCACGCUCACCCCUGGCCUCCUCCCAUCCUCGCGGCACCUAG